GUAAUUAUUUCCGCAUUUCUUGUGUGAAAUGCCGUUGCCACACUUCCAGCACAUAUGAGGAUGAAAGUUGCUGUUCAGCUAUUGUAUUUCGCUUAUCUGGAUCACAGCUCGGGUUGUGUGUCUCAGCGAUUGCACAACUCUAAACAUAUCCACUAUUUCUUCCACUGUAUCGAUAGCAUCCUUGAUCCCUGUCUCAUCUAGAAGGUUCAGACGUCCGCGAGUUUAGGAUCAGCAGACCCUGGCCGGGGAUGAGCUGAUGUUGACGAUCAUACAGGUUUAUGGCCAAAGUACCAGAAGCCGACAGGUCCUUGGCCUUUCGAUGAAUUGAUCAAACGCUGUACCGAGCUUCUUCCAAGAUACCAUUUCGUAGAGGUAGCAGAAUUUGCUUCGCCUCAAAGAAAGCCUGAGCAUUUAACAUUACAACGAUUGUUCAGUAAGCACAAAAAUGAUUUUCAAUAAUUGCUCCACAUUUCCUGUGGAGUGGCGAUAUUGCAGGUACUCCGGAGCUACAACCACUUGGGGGAGGUGUUAUCCCAAUGCAGGUUCAACCCCUCCAUGGAAAUCUCAGAAUGCAUUAUCACGAACCCCUCACCGAGGUAAAGAAAUUAACAUGCAGCAUGGCCACUUAGUACAAGUAGAAAGGUAGGUCAAGCUUCCUUUGCCUCUUCUCUCUUCAGCUACCUUUCCACGGUCCAAGUUCAGACAUCGAUACCUCGCCGUUCUUGUCCGCUGCCAUCGCACCUCACCCAGUAUGCGUUUCUCCAUCGCCAUCCCUCUGGCUGUCGCCUCCUUCAUUGCGAGUGCCACAUCAUCGUAUGCGCCCGUUGCGACAUCAUGUCCUACGACACCCCUCGUCCGAUCUACAUCAAGCGGACUUUCUGAUAGCGAAGAGACCUACCGCGUGAUCCGGAAGGCGAAAGCAGACUUGGCACUAGCAGCAUGGCUAUUGAAGGCCAAUCCAUCAUUCGUAAACUCGUUGGAUUGUGACAUGCCGACCAUUGCGUUGACCAGCAGUGGUGGCGGCUUCCGAGCGACCCUCUCUGGAGCAGGGACUGUACAGGCUCUCGACUCUCGUGAUACGAAAGUCAGCACCAGUGGUUUAUAUCAAGCAAUCUCCCACCACUCUGGCUUAUCUGGUGGGUCUUGGUUGCUCUCUUCCAUCAUCGCCAACAACUUCCCAACGAUCUCCAGUCUUUACAAUUCCAGCUGGAAGACUGGCCUCGCCAAUGGACUUUUCAAUCCUCUCGGAAAACAAACUGAAGUCUACAAUACCAUCAGCAACGAUUUACUCCUGAAAGAAGCACAGGGAUUCCGUGGUACCAUUGCAGAUGCAUGGUCUCGACUCAUCUCAUAUGUCAUCCUACCUGGUGCCAAUGGUGGGGUAGACAAUCUUCUCUCUCAAGUAACCACCAAGUCGAACUUCAAAUCCUUCUCCGCCCCAUAUCCCAUCAUCUUGGCACAACAUGUGGAUCUCGGCGGAGAAUCCUGCCUACCACCAGCAGACGCACCCUUCUGGGAAUUCACACCUUAUGAGACGGGAUCCUGGGACAGCAGAAUUGCAUCGUUCACCCCAACCAAGUACCUCGGUACAUCCCUUAGCGGUGGCAAGCCAGCAACUGCAGGAAAAUGCACGACUGCCUAUGAGAAUCUCGGAUUCAUUGCUGGAACUUCCUCUUCGCUCUUCCAGGACCCCGGAAUCGGCUUCAACGUUUCGGAACCUCUCAUCGCCAACUUCUGUCAACUUACAGAGAGUAUCGAGGUAUCGGAGACUGCGGCAGCCACCAACGCAGCAGUCGGUGCUCUCCCAGCAGUUAUUCCAGCCAUCCAGUUCACCCAAGUCUCCGAUCUCUUUGCCGCAUGGCCAAACCCAUUCUUCAACCUCUCUUCAGCCCCUCUCGUCAAGUCUCAGGCCACCCUCUCCAUGGUCGAUGGUGGCGAAUCUGGACAGAUCAACCCCAUCUUCCCUAUGCUCCUCCCACAACGAAACAUCAGCAUCAUCAUCGUCAGCGACAACACUGAUGGCAACAACAACUACCCAUCCGGCAAGGAGAUGCACGCAACCUACCUCGCAGCCCAAGCAGCUGGUCUUACCAAGAUGCCAUUCGUCCCCGAAUCAUCUGUUCUCCUCGCAGCAAACAAGACUUCCGGUCCAGUGUUCUUCGGCUGCGGAGACAAGUCCAAGGCGACUGUUGUCUGGGUGCCAAAUUACAGUGCAACCGCUGCAGGAGGCAACGUCGACACCAGCCGCAUGCAGUUUGAUGCUGCAGCAAGCAAGCAGGUCAUUGACAACGGCGCAGCUGUCAUGAGCCAGAACAACAGCAAGGAGUGGGCGACAUGUUUGGGAUGUGCGAUCAUGCAAGAUACUGCGUGGCGCUUACCGAGUGCUUGUAAUGCUUGUUUUACUAAGUACUGUUGGAAGGCUUAGAGUUGGGCGUGAUGAUUUGAAUGAUAAUGCCCGAAUUGUACAUAGAUAUGUAAGACGUGGUCUGGAUGUACAUACAAAAGUCCUUCUCGCCAUUAAUGAAUUGUAUUCAAAGAAUAGUUUGCUUCGUAUUCUGUCGUGUGGUGAGAUCUCGUAGCUGUUUGUUAUUUCAAAGGGAUCACGGGUGAGAAUAAUGCAGGAAACAGAUCGGAGGGUUUUUCGACCAUCGGGAAAGUUUGCCCUGACUAAAGAGGCAUCUUGAUCUCGGUAAGAAGCCUGGGAUGUUCACACUUUUGAAGGCAAAGUGGGAGCACAUAUAAUUUAGCGGUCAGUAUUUAAAGUGACUGAGAAAUAUGUUGUGGGCCCAUGACGGGUAUGAACCAAGCAAAGGCAGUGAGGUAGUGAG